CGCUAUUAUCCCAUUUUUGAACGGAACACUAUAACAAACCAGCGGUUGCCCAUUUUCAACCCUCCCUCCAAAUCGCAUCCCGUAACAUAACCACGGCAUUUCCUCCCCGAACAACCGCCGUCUCCGCCGCAGCCGCCCUAUCCUAAUCUCUGAUCACCGCAUUCUUUCGACCUUAUUUCCCCUUUCGGCGCUGUAACGAAGAACGAAUUGGGAAAGGAGAGUACAUGUUUUGGGGAUUGAAAUGUCGUCGAUCGAUCUCAAAGUCGAUCAAUUGAAGCAAUUGAGGGACAUAUUCUCGAGAUUCGACAUGGAUUCCGACGGGAGCUUGACGGUGCUGGAACUGGCGGCGCUGCUGCGUUCCUUAGGGCUGAAGCCGUCGGGGGACCAGAUCCAGGCGCUUCUGGCCAACAUGGACGCCAACGGGAACGGCGCCGUGGAAUUCGAGGAGCUGGCCAGGGCGAUCUUGCCGGACAUGACGGAGGAGAUCCUGGUGAACCAGGAGCAGAUCCUCGAGGUCUUCCGCUCGUUCGAUCGCGACGGGAACGGGUACAUCACGCUGGCGGAGCUGGCCGGAUCCAUGGCCAAGAUGGGGCAGCCGCUGACGUACAGGGAGCUGACGGAGAUGAUACGGGAGGCGGACACCGACGGAGACGGGGUGAUAAACUUCAACGAAUUCGCCGCCGUGAUGGCCAGAUCGGCCGCCGGUUAUCUCGGCCUCCCCGUUUCGUGACCGCCAAUCAUUGGUGUGCUGAAAUUAAGUUAUUUUGUAUGCAUCAAUCAAAUUACUCCAUUCCAAUCCUCAAAAAAAAAAAAACUCCAAUCCACCAUUUACAAAAAAGGUAAGAUUACUGCAGAAAAAGGCGGAUUUCGCUUGCUAUUGAAAUGGAAUUGACUCUUGGAAAUGGUAUCCAAAUCUCUCAUCCCAAGUAUAUACUCAAUAUCAAUGUUUUUCAUCUUGUUCAAUGACUUCAAUCAUCAUAACGAGCGUCGUGGGUUGUUCUUACCCCUGGAAUUAGGAUGUCAUGUUUUAUUUUUAAAAUAAGAGUCUCAGAUAUUAUAUAUUAACUAGUAUUUCACUCAUAAUGAUGUAGUUUUACUUGAUUCCAAAAGAAUAAAAACACCAAAUAUUUGCCCACUAUGACAGCAUGGAGCCAAAUCCAAAUCAACAAAACAAAUUUAUAAGAGAUUGAUGUGCAAAAUGCAAGCCCAAGGUCAUGCUCAACAUUAAAGAUCUUCAUGAUUAGCCACGCUUAAGAGACCAUCUUCAUUAUAAGACAACAUCAUCCAAUAAAUAGCAUAUGACCAGAUCACACUCAGCCAAAAGCACUCUUCAACUACUAUUUAUGCCAUUAUUCCUGCUAGCUUCUUAAGCAUCUAAAGAGAACUCAUCAUCUUUAUUCACCUAUGUAGGCAUCUUCAUAGUUAUAAACAAUAACCAUGAGCAAAAAGGCAUACUAAAAAAUCAGAAACCAUAAUGGAAUGCAAAAAAACCUUACCCCAACACCCUGAUCAACACUUAUAAUCUCCACCAAAAUCAACACUAACUGAAGCAAACAUUAUUGAUAAACCAUCUAACUGUUCUUCUAUUCAAACUUCAGUCUUAAGUAGUCUAAAGUGAUAUCUUUACCUGGAAGAGUGCCUUUCAUAUUAAAUUAUUCACUCAACAUCAACGCAAUACAUUUGCAUCAAUUUCUGACAGUAGCUAAAUUGAGUGAGUAGAUAUCAGUUAAAACAGUUUAAAAGUGAGUCCACAUCCUACAAAUUAUACAAAAUGUAAUUUAACUACCAUGUCAAUGUUCCCAAAAUGUCGUUACCAGUACCUUUGGCAGCUACAACUCCCCAUUGUAACACAUGAUGAUAAGAAUCAUAAGG